AUGUUAGAUGGAUAUGAUGUUGAGAAUGUGGAACAAUGCUGUGAUUCUCUCACAAUUGAAAAAGUGGCUGAAGUUACGAACGAUGGAAAAUUGUUAUGGGAUGAGUCACUCAUUGAAAAAUUCGUGAAUAUUAUGGUGGAAGAAGUUAAGGCUAAUAAUCGUAGUGGCACAACAUUUAGUAAAAGUGGUUGGAGUAAUUUAGUCAAACAAAUGAAUGUUCACACGGGGAGAAAAUUUGGUUUAACCCAACUUCGGAAUAAGUUUAAUGGUUUGAGGAAAAUUUAUACUGAGUUUAAGAAAUUAUUAUCGGAGACUGGCGUGGGAUAUAACCAUGAGACGGGCAUGGUUAUAGUUGAGGAAGAGAGAUGGGACAGGUUGUGCAAGGUUGUUACGAAUGCAAAUAAGUAUAAAAAGUAUGGAUGUAAGCAUUUUGAUAAGAUGUCGACUAUAUUUGGGGACACAUAUGCAAGAGGGAUGCAUGCCCACCCAUCCACUACAGCACCAUCCACAAUCAUUUUGCCCACUCCCAAUGAUGACGAUGAUAAGGAAGAGGGUUGUGAGGUCAGUCCCCCACCUUUAUGUAAAGGUAAGAAAGCCAAAAGAGAUGCUUUAUCUCCUGGUAUAGCUGCACUCUUGUCAAACAUGAAUGAGAAUUCUGAAAGGAGAGCUGAGAGAAUGGAAGCUGCAAUAGAGAAAGCAGCUAAAGCAUCUUCUACUUCUACUCGUGUAUCUUCAUGUGAGAAAGGAGAUGAUGAAGUUCUCUCUCCCUCAAAAAAGGAUAGAGAUUAUGAAAUGUUUGACGCCUCCAUGCUCUUUUUACAAAAAAUACCUGGAAUUGAGAUGGCCCAAUUCGCUAAGGUAUCGAAGUUAUUAUAUGAUUCUGAGAAGUGGCAGAAAUUUUUUCUUUCGGCACCUGAGGAUGUAAGAAUUGGAUGGGCACUGAAUGUUUGA